GUGAAGAUGAUGAAAUAAUUCAAAAGGAGUCUGAACCUGAUUCAUCUAAUAAAAAAUAUAAAAGACCUAAAAUUGACACCUCUAUAGUUCGUCGUAGUAGUAGAAUUAGAAAAAAUAUAAAAAAAUAA